UACCAAUCGGUUCAAAGUGAAAGCCCUUGGUUGCAAUAAAAUACAUAGUAUCUAUCAUGCAUCAAUCCAAAAGGUCUCAAAUGAAAAAUGGAUUGAUGUUUUCUCAAGCACCAGCACCUGACGACAAUGAAACUGAAAUGAAUUGUUCAUUCUAGUUACAGCUGGAGGAUAUUUGCUCACUAAUCAAUAACUUCCAUUAAAGUCAAGUAUAACAAGCGGACAUAUAAUCAAACUGAAACUGCUCAUUUAUUUGAACUGAAAUUUUUUAUGUCUAUGCCAACAAGCACGUGGUAGUUUAUUUGCAGAAUGAACUAUGGUCAUGAAACGGCUUGAAAAUCUGCAACAAGUCUGCAUGCUUUGAAGAAUGGAACCAGAUUGGCAGGCAGAUAUGUAUCCAGAGGUAUUCUUAUCAGAAAGAGCAGAUGAGCGUGUCUGUAUCAACAUCAGUGGUGCACAUUUUGAGACGUUUGAAAGUACUCUUGCCCGCUACCCAAAUACUCUUCUUGGUUCCCCUUCUCGGAGGAAUAAAUAUUUCGAUCCUUUUCGUGGCGAAUAUUUUUUUGAUAGAAACAGAAGAGCGUUCGAUGCGAUCCUGUUCUACUACCAGUCAAAUGGCCGAAUAUCGAAACCUGAUAAUAUCACAGAAAAACAGUUUGUAUCAGAACUCAGUUUCUUUGAAAUUGGCAAAAAGGAAGAUUUGCUAACAUUUCCUGAAAGAGUUGAUCGUUUUAUUCUCGCUGAAUCGCAUGAACUGCCUAAGAACCGUCUCAAGAGGAUUUUCUGGCAACUGUUCUCUAGUCCCGAUUCGUCUAUAUUUGCAAAGAUCAUUACAAUUAUAGGUAUAUUUGCAUUGGCCUUGUCAAUAGUAAUAACGUGCGCAGAAACAUUGCCUUCGCUGAUGCAUCCAAAGAGUGAGGGUUACAUCAAAGUUAAACAAAUCAUCUACGUAAUGAACCAUGGAUGUUACGUUUGGUUUACCAUUGAAUUUUUCGUUAGAUUUUUAUCCUGCAGUAAUAAAAUGCAGUUUUUCAAGUCGCCAUUGAAUUGGAUCGACCUCUUGGCUAUUAUUCCGUUCUACUUACAACUUAUAAUCGAGAGCCAGACUCAGAUGACACCACUGUCAAUUCUAAAGGCGUUCAGAAUUUUUCGCAUUGCCAGAAUUCUCAAGGUCUCAAGGUACUCAAGAGGUAUGCGGGCGCUUAUAUACACGCUUUUUGCCAGUAGGCAUGAACUUGGUCUGCUCUUCUUUAUAUUGAUCAUAGCAACCGUUGUUAGUGCUGCUUUAACUUACUAUGCAGAAAUUAACGAACCAGACUCGUUUCUCCACACCAUUCCGGAUGCUCUUUGGUGGUCUAUCAACACCAUUACGACCGUAGGCUAUGGAGACUCCUAUCCUGUCACAACAUUUGGAAAAGCAUUAGGCGGUUUCUUCUCAAUUUUUGGCACCAUUCUUAUUGGGUUGCCGAUAUUCUGCCUAGUGUCAAACUUUUUAGAACUCUGGGACUCGAUAAGAGACAAAUCAAGCGAAGAUGAAAAUGGCACAGCUCUUAAGACCGCAACAAACAUACCCGCUGUGCAAAAUUACGCACAGAUUGAAAAGAAGUCUCCCUAUCUUGAAAGGAGGUCGCCGUAUCUCGAACAGAGGUCCCCGUACCUUGAAAGGAGGUCUUCCUAUCUCGAGUUACAGUAUUGAGCCUUGUGUUAAUGUUUUAUAUUUAUAUUUUACUAUCGUGUGUCAUGCAUGUCAUGAAUCACAGACAAGACUAAUACUGACUUUCAUGACUCAAACAGAAGCUGCAGGGUUCGUUACUGAACGCCUUUUAUGAUAUUAUCAAUCAAGCUAUUCAAAGCAAAACAAAACAUAUAUUAUUUGCCAAGCAAUACCAAUAUGACUAGGCAGGAUCCGCUACCAGCUAAAAUGCAUAGAAACGUCGAAAAAAGAUUAAAACAUCUUACUAAGAAUAUCCAAAAAGGCUGUUUUACUUAAAAGUCGUGCCUUUAUCGUCAUCAGAUCGCAAAUGAUUCCUAAGCUGAAAUUUUAUUAGAUUAUAAAUGUCUUUUUGUCGCUGUGAUAGCAUAUAUCACAUCUAGUUUAAAUUUAAACUACUGUUAGCAAAUUCCAGUAAGCCUUCGCUAAUCGAUGUUUUGACAAAGCCAUAGCAUUAGCUCUAAUUUUCGAGAAAAACCUCACUUUGUUUUGAAAAAGUAAAAUUACUUGCUAUGUACACACGAGGCCUAGUGUUAAGACUGAGCGCCAGGCGUCGCAACUGUAUAUUCAUUUUAGAGACCUAUAUAUGUUGUUACAAACAAAGGUCAGUAAAACCAAAAAACAGAGACAAAGCUGUUUAAGGGUGCACAAAAGACGCAUUAACAUUUAAACCGAUCAUUUUCAUAGUCUACUUAGUUGCUCUAGUAUUUCUAAAGCACUCAGCCCUAGAAAAAUUGCUUUUUGUAAACUUUAAUCCUUAAAUAUAAUAUUGCCCCAUUUAAUUUUAUCAUUUUUUCUCUUCAAUUUACAUAAGCAUGGCAACUGUGCUAAAAAGGUAUCCUUUUGGCAGUUUCUGGUAGCUUAGCCAAUGCUAGUUUUUUAAGGCAUCAAUAGAGUUAAACGUUCUGUAAAAAAUUUUAUACUUUCGGAUUAUUUUCAAGACGUCGUAGUUCUGUAUAUGCAAACAAUACAUCCAUAUAUUGCUGGAAGUUGAUUCAAAAAAUUUUAAAUUUUUGACGACAUUCGAUGACUUUAAAUGUGCUUAUGAAUAAGAAUUUUAAGUAAUUCACAUGAAAAUACCAUACGAUACAUAUUCCAUGAAAAGCCUCUAGGCUGGGUAUGAUAUAAAUAUAUGGUAUUUACAUUAUAUAAUGCACAUGUCAUGUAAAUACCAUACAAUGCAUACGCCUUGAAUAAAUUAUGGGAUAAAUAUGACAUGAGAAAAUCUUGAGAAAAGUUUAUGAUAUGACUUGAAAGUCAAGUGUGAUGCAUGAUAUGAAACUAAAAUGUAAUGCAUAUGACAAAAACCCAAUACACUGGAAAUGAACAGUAAAUGCGUUGUAUAUUAAACGAAAUCCAAUACGUUGUUGCUGAAAUGAAAAUCAAACAUGAUGUAUUUGUGAUUAAAAUCUUGUUGAUAAGUUGCAUAUGAAAUAAAAAUCCAUAAAAAGCUAUUUAUAUGAUAUCAAAAUCCAAUACGAACUGUACGACAUAAAAAUCAAAUACGAUUUAUUUGACAUUAAAAUCCAGUAUAAUUUAUUUGACCUUAGAAUCCAAUAUCAAUUCGUCUGAAAUCAAAAUCUAAUACGUUGCAAAUAAAAAAAUUAGAUGUUGUUUUAUACUUGAACAUUCAAUUCACGUGGUUUCUUAUAAAGGAGCCACUUUAUAAGAAACCUACAUGUAGAAGGCAGUAAAUAAUAACCGUUGGACUAAAUAAAGAUAAAAUAUAAAGAAACCGUUUCAUUUUUGAACAUUUUUAUCAUUGCAAAUAACCAGGAAUUAGGAAGCCAGUUCCUUUUAUUUAUAGUCAAAAAUCAGAUCAAUUAUGUGUUACAAAGGUAGCUAUCGAGUGUUUCAUUGCGUAAUUUUGAGUGUUUUGCUUUUCUUUUUGAUUGCAUUUCAACUACUUCAUUUUUCAGAUGUCUUUGUAGUUAAUCUUCUUUGUGUUUUCACCUGGUUUCUAGCUACAGUUAAGAAUCUAACGACACUUGUAAAAAAUUCUAAUGUACGAUGUGCAAUUUUCAUGGUAUCAAUUGUGCAGUUAAUUUAAAGAACUAGUAAGGAGCGUUGAGCACCAAAAUUUGAUAACAAUAUCUCCAAAAAUUAUAUUUCAGGUGUCUUUGUAGUCAAUCCUCCUUGUGUUUUCACCUGGUUCUUAGCUACAGUGAAGAAUCUAACGACACUUGUAAGAAAUUAAUAUGUACGAUGUGCAAUUUGCAUGGUAUCAAUUGUGCAGUUAAGUUAAAGAACUAUUAAGGAACGUCGAGCACCAAAAUUUGAUAACAAUAGCUCCAAAAAUUAAGGACUU